UUUGCGACACCUGAGCACUGUAGCCAAGAUGAUGAAGUUAGCAGCAGCCAAACAGAGGCCACCUCCUGACAUGACGAAAACCAGCCUCUAACAGAGCCACUUGAUCAGAAUGAAGAUGAUGAGUUGUCUGCCCUUGACCAGCAGGCGGCUGAAAUGGGCACGAGGUUGAUGGGGACACUGGACAGGGACAUGAUGAUGACAGAGGAUGACCAGAGAAGUGACGGACGAGGAUCUAUCUCCUCUCUCGCCAUGGCCAGUGUAGCCAUCAAAAGAUUGAGAGCUCAGAAACCCUUAGAACCCAUAGCGUUGAAGGCUCAAGAUUUUCAGGUGUGUGUAACUGUGAUAGAAGGACGGGGUCUGACCGGGGUGAACAUGGAUCCUGUUGUCUGCGUGCAGGUUGGGGACCAGAAGCAGUACACAGCAGUCAAGGAAUCCACGAACUGCCCCUAUUAUAACGAGUAUUUUGUGUUUGACUUCCACAUGGCUCCAGUAAUGCUCUUUGAUAAAAUCAUCACCCUUACGGUAUGCCAAGCAGGGAAGUUCUUAAGGACAAACAAGCCCCUGGGGUUGUUUAAGCUCGAUGUGGCUACGGUGUAUUCUGCACCAGAUCACCAGUUUUAUCAUAAAUGGGCUGUGCUCACAGACCCUGAUGACUUGAACAGCGGCCCUAAAGGCUACCUGAAGUGUGAUAUAGCCGUCAUUGGGAAAGGGGACUCCGUCAAGGUUCCCCCAAAAUCAGAAAAGGAUGAAGAUGAUAUUGAAGCGUAA